UCGAAAACCUUGCCUUUGCAACGGUCAAGAGCUUCUUCAACUCCCUUUGAGUUGCUGAAACUCUCAACACUUUCAUUCACCAAUGGAGACCAAAGAUUCUCCUAUGGAACUGUACGAAAUCUCUACGGAAUCCGAUGGAUCCGACUCCGAUUCCGACUGGGAGGACUCGGGAGAAGACCCCGACUACGACGCGCUUGAAGAAAGUCAUAGCAAAUUCUCAAACCUCUCACUUAAGCACAAGGCAAAAGCGCGCUUUAUCGAGGAGAAGGGUCGAGGUGAGGAAGUGUUGGUGGUCACUGCAUCUGUAAACGAUGGAGAGAAUUUUGGGAAAGUUCAAAAGUUAAUCGAAGAGGGAUUGUUGGAGAAAUUGAAAGUGGAUGAAUGCAAGUUGUAUUUGAGGAAGAAUGGUCUGAGGCUAACUGGAAACAAGGACACACUUAUAGAACGCAUAAGGGAGCACUUGGAGAUUUUAAAUGGUGGGGAGAAGAAGUAUCCGUCUUCUAGCUUUGUGUUUAAUUGUAAAGGUGAUGCAUGCACUGGUGAUGUAGUUUUGUUUGAGCAAAAUGUCUAUGAAAUGUUUAACAUCGCAUCCAGAAGUGCUAGUGGUCCACCUUGUGGCAAAAGGAUUGUUGCAGGCCGCAUAGUGAAAGAAAGCUAUGGUGCUGCCAAACAACAGCAUACAUUUACGAUUGAAGUGCUCUGGAGUAAAGGAGAAAAGCCUCUCCCUCCCCUUUACCCCCUACUGAUUAAGGGUCGAAACCUUUACAGGCUGAAGACUUUGAGACAGAAAUGGGAAGAUGAAGCAGAAAGGCAAAAAAUAUUGAUGGAAAAACACUCAAGGGGAUCUCUUGCUAGGGCAGAUAGAGAAGAAAGGAUUCAAGAAAAGGAGAAGAGGAAACAUACUAAGGAAAAUAGGGUCUCCAAAAAGGAAGCAAGGAACCAACGUCAAUCAAAUUCACACAUUACAAGGCCACAAUAUCAACCUCAAGGAACAAAUGUAGUCAUUAAUCCAGAAAACCCUGAAUUUCCAUCUCGAAAUUCAGUUUUAUCUGUCAAUAUGAUGAAAGAAAGAUACUGUAUUUUAAAUAAUUCAGCAGCAACUUUUGGAGGAACAUCAUUUGCUGUUCACAGUAUGCAUAGAAAUCACACAAGUGACUUUAGGAAUACUUUUGAUAUUGGUCGUGUGCGAGGAGCAGAAACUGGUGCAAACUAUUAUGCAGACCCCCAUUUCAGAGAAAACCUCCCUAGAUUUGUGAACUGCCACCCUAACAUGGCUGAAAUGGGCACUCAUCAUAGAAUACCUUUGGCAAAUGCAAACCAUUCUCACCCAUUUAUGGCCCCCAACAGAGAAAGCUUUAAGAUAAAUCAAGUGUGCAGACAUUAUUCCCGUGGAAGGUGCUAUUUUGGGGACAAAUGCAAAUUCUUACAUGAUCUUAGAGACAAAGGGAAUGCAUGAAUUAAAGAAAAAUUAUGGGGGCAUGAUUUCAUAUAUUGUGCCAUUCAAAUGUUUCUGGGUUUUUUAACUGGAAAAUAGAACAAAUUGUGUCUGUCGUUACAAGA